AUUUUCCCGCCCAAUCAAAUGUCAUUGAAAUUUUUGUAGAAAAAUCGAAAGUUUGCGGGAUGUAUAAUUUCAAAGAAAACUGUAAGAAAUAUUUCGGUAGCUACGACUUUUAUGAAAUUUUGAAGAUUCCAAAAUCUUCAACACAAAAAGAAAUUAAGAAAGCAUAUCACAAACUCUCUCUGAUUGUCCAUCCUGAUAGAGUUGACGAAAAUGAGAAACUCGUCGCCAAUGAAAAAUUUAAGGUUCUUGGAAAAAUCCACUUUAUUUUACAAAAUGAACAGAGACGUAAAAUAUAUGAUAGCAAAGGUGAAUUCGACGAAGAUGAAGACGUAGAAUGUAAUUGGAUGGACUAUUGGAAAAAUAUUUUCAAAAAAAUCAGUAUUACAGAGAUUGAAAAUUAUGAGAAGGAAUAUAUUGGUUCCGACACUGAGUAUGGAGAUAUUAAGCAGGCUUAUGAAAUGAGCAAAGGGAAUAUGACUAAAAUGAUGGAUUUCAUUCCGUUUGGGAGACCUGAAAGCGAACCUAGGAUAAUUGAAAUUGUCAGAGGUAUGGUUGAACGGGGUGAAGUCAAAAGAUAUAAUGAAUUCUUCAAUGAACCAGCCAGGAAGAAGAGGCAACGACAUCAAAAGUAUGCUAGAGAAGAAGGAGAAAUUACUGAAGAUCAAAUGAAUGAUCUGGAAAAAAAUGCAAAUGAAAUUCAAGAAAGGUGCUGUGAUAGAUUCUUGAACUUGGUAUCUUCAUUGGAAGCUAAUUACGGGAAUUCUAAAAGGAAAUCUAUCACUUCAAAUGGAGAUAGUCCAAAAAAGAGGAGUUCUAGGAGGAAUAAAUGAUUUUAUAUUGUCUUCAAUUUCUGUUUUUCAGAAUGAUUUAUUAUUUUUUUAUUAAUUUAUUUUUGAUAUAAAACAUUCGUUCCAUGAAAAUUUUGAUGAAUUUUGCUUUAUAAUUCACCUCAGGCUCCUGCCCUGAAAUAUAAACAUUUUAUAUUCAGAUAUAACAUAUCUGUCCACUGCCCAGACCUUUUCUCAAAGAAAUUUUGUACAAAAUCUAGCUUUAGGAAUUGAGCAUUGAAUUGAAAAACUUGGAAAGAACAUUUUGGAAAAAAAAAGUGAAAAAGUAUGUAUGUAAGUAGUUUGAUACUUAUGUGACAAAUUUUUUUGAUGAGUUGGGAUGAGAAGAAUAAAGUUUAGUAGAGAAAAU